GGAGCGGUGCACUGACCGGAAGUAGUGUGCUUGGGUUUCCGCUCCCCCUGCAGGUCACAGGACAGGCUGUGCAGGAAGAUGCUGGUGUUCAGGUUAUUGCGGGGUGCUGUGAGGAAUAGAGCAUGGUGCAGUCCUGUCACUCUGUACAGCACAGGGACAGCCAUCCCAGUAACUCCAGACAACCAGAGUUCACAAAUUCAUAAUGAUAAUAGGCUGCUGGAGGCACUGGAAAAUCCUUUCAAAGAGCCCCCCAAAAAAUGCAUCCUCUGUGAUGUACCAAUAGACUAUAAGAACGUACAGCUGCUGUCCCAGUUUGUGUCACCACACACUGGUCGUAUUUAUGGAAGGCAUAUAACAGGCCUGUGUGGUAAAAAACAGAGAGCUAUCGCAAAGGCAAUAAAAAGAGCACAUAUUAUGGGUUUUAUGCCGGUUGCAUAUAAGGACCCACAAUUUCUCAAAGACCCUAAGAUUUGUAAUAUCUGAAACGUUUGUAUUUUGUUAAUAAAAUUUUGUCAUGGGCU